AUGGAGUCAAAUGCAACAAAUGUAUCUCUAUGGUCAUGCAUUCAUUCCAUGCAUUGUAUUACAUGGAAUCUGCCAUGUAUCGUAUCUCGUAUAGGUGGUGUGGUUAUUUUAGCUAUAUCAAUCUUUUGUUUAAAAAUGAAUAUACGAUUUUUAUAUUCUGAACGAUGUCAAAAUAGCCUUGUUGUUUCAUUAUUCUUAGCAUCAAUAUUGGUGAGCACUACAAGUGUACCAGGUGUUCUUGUCCAAUUAUUUACAUGCCAUCGUCAUUGUUUCAAACUUUAUUGUCGUAUCGACGGUUUUGUCUCGUAUUUUUCUGGUUGUUUGUGCAUGUUAGUAUUUCUGACACUAUCAAUACAUCGGUAUUUAUCCUUAUGUUCAUACGAUCGUCUAUCAUCUUAUCGAUGUUUAACAUUUGGUUGUUGGUUUUUAAGUAUUGCAUUUACAUUUCCUUUAACAUUAAAUUAUUUUAAUUCGUAUGUACCUGAAGGACUUGGUUUUCAUUGUAGUAUCAAUUGGCAAGAUAAAUCAACUGUAGGCCGUGUAUACAUACUGUCAUCAUUUAUUGCCAUGUAUUUUUUCUCGUUAUUGAUGCUUCUUUUUGUCAAUCUACGAGCUAAUUUAAUUGUUCGACAUAUUUAUUCAAAACAUUAUUCAAAUUCGUCAGUUCAACAGUUUUCAUAUCAGCAAGAUUCAAUGAAGAAUAGUCAACAAUCGAAUGGCUUUGAGAAAGCUUAUCUUUAUAAAUAUUGUGCAAAAAAAGCUUCAUAUAGAAAAUAUCUUCGAGCAGAUUAUCGAUUUCUAAGAGGUGCUAUUUUUCUUGUCAGCAGUUAUUUAAUAGCAUGGACACCCUAUUCAAUUAUUGCAGUUUUACAAUUAUUAGAUGUCAAAUUUAUUUUUCAACAUUCUGUUUUAAUAACAAUAAGCGCUUUUAUUGCUAAAAUAUCUAUUAUUGUAGCACCAUUUGUGUAUUUAAGUAUAAUGAAAUAUAAAUCUUUGAAACAAAAAUUAUUCAAAUAA